CCGGCAAUGACCUCAAGCGCAUAGCACCCUACCCAGCACAACCCAUCAAAGGCCGAGAACGAUACCGCGUAAUGAUGGACGUGCGCAAACUCGACGAGCAAAACUGGCUCACCGUCGACAAGAAUUACAUGGACGAGCACCAAAUCCGGGGCCAAUUGCUGGAUCACGAGAAGAGCAAGGUGCUGCAGGCGCUGCCGGAGUCGUACGAUGCGUGUCUGGAGACAUUGGAGGAGGUGGUUGAGUUCCUGUGCAUGCGGUUUCCGAAUAUGUUUGCGAAGAAGUCGGUUGGCGAGGAGACGACUGUUGUUAAUAAGACGACGGGGGAGACGUUUGUGUUUGGGGGGCCGCAGAAUGCGCAUGUUGAUCCGUUGGAGAUUGCGGUUAGACUCACGAUGGAGGAUUUGAGUGUUUUGUUGAAGAAUGAGGAUGAUGAGUAUUAUCUUGCCGCAAGCGCAACUCUCUUCCCCGUGGGCUGGACAGUCGCAGAACGCAUCGGCUGGACAAUCUCCAAACUGCACAACCCAGUCCCCCUCUGGCAUCAACAAGUCGCCAGCACCGUCAGCAAAUUCCUCAACCGCCUCACCCCCUCCAACCCCAUGGAACGCUCCAACUAUUUCGUCGAAGUCAAGCGCCCCGACGAAAACCUCUUCGAGAUCCUCUACCGUCCCACCACCCUUUCCGAAGCAAACCACAACCCCGCCCCCGAGGACAUCGUCAUCCGCCGCGAGCGCCAGACUUUCAUCAAGCUACCGCGAUCAGGGGCUCUCGUUUUCGGCGUCAAGACUGUUCUCACCACGCUGGAUGAGCUGCCGAUGCAGGAGUUGCAAAACUUAGCAAAGGAAAUCAGGAGCUGGCCUGAUUAUGUGGGCGAGUAUAAGGGGACGGAGAUUUGGGGCGCGACGGCGUUGGAGUUCGCUGAGAGGAAGAGUCGGGAGGCUGAGAAGGUGGAGGUUUGAUUUUGAUUUCUCCUUUUUGACUCGUUUUGUAUUAAUGAUUUCCUUUUGUUUUGGGAAAACGGAUGGGUGGUCUUUUGAUUUGAUUUUCGUUAUUUUUGAUAACCAUGCAUACUUACUAUCAGGGCGGUUUUGUCUCUUUAUUUCUUGUUUGCAACGCAUCAUCAUUGCAUUGGGUGGUCAUAUUGUUUUGUGUGUACUUAUAGCGAAU